CCCCGAAGCCGGCGCUGCUCUCUCGGUCCGAGUCACAAAAACUCCCCUCGUCCGCUUCCUCCGGCGUCGCCUCCUUCCACCCAGUUCCGAGUCCAAACCGGAACUGGAAGUCUGGUGGGCGGGGCCCGCCGACGGAAAGCGCUGAGGAGCCGGAGCCGGGACUCGGCUGUGGCCCCGGUCGGUCCCGCGCCACGGAGCGCCCGGCGGCGGGGCGGCGCGGCUCGGGGCUGAAGGGCGGCGGGCGGGCCGGUGGGCGGGCGCGGCCCCCCGGGCGCCGCGGGGGAUCAUGUCGACAGCCUCCGCCGCCUCGUCCUCCUCCUCGUCUUCUGCCAGUGAGAUGAUCGAAGCGCCAUCGCAGGUCCUCAACUUCGAAGAGAUCGACUACAAGGAGAUCGAGGUGGAAGAGGUGGUCGGAAGAGGAGCCUUUGGAGUAGUUUGCAAAGCUAAGUGGAGAGCAAAAGAUGUUGCUAUUAAACAGAUAGAAAGUGAAUCUGAGAGGAAGGCUUUCAUUGUGGAGCUCCGGCAGUUGUCACGUGUGAACCAUCCUAAUAUUGUAAAGUUGUAUGGAGCCUGCUUGAAUCCAGUGUGUCUUGUGAUGGAAUAUGCUGAAGGAGGCUCUUUGUACAAUGUGCUGCAUGGUGCCGAACCAUUGCCUUAUUACACUGCUGCCCAUGCCAUGAGUUGGUGUUUACAGUGUUCCCAAGGAGUGGCUUAUCUGCACAGCAUGCAGCCCAAAGCUCUAAUUCACCGGGACCUCAAACCUCCAAACUUGCUGCUGGUUGCAGGAGGGACAGUUCUGAAGAUCUGCGAUUUUGGUACAGCUUGUGAUAUCCAGACGCACAUGACCAAUAACAAAGGGAGUGCUGCUUGGAUGGCUCCUGAAGUAUUUGAAGGUAGCAAUUACAGUGAAAAGUGUGAUGUCUUCAGCUGGGGCAUUAUCCUCUGGGAAGUGAUAACACGCCGGAAACCCUUUGAUGAGAUCGGGGGCCCAGCUUUCCGAAUCAUGUGGGCUGUUCAUAAUGGUACUCGACCACCAUUGAUCAAAAAUUUACCUAAGCCCAUUGAGAGUCUGAUGACCCGCUGUUGGUCUAAGGACCCCUCUCAGCGCCCUUCAAUGGAGGAGAUUGUGAAAAUAAUGACUCACUUGAUGCGGUACUUCCCAGGAGCGGACGAGCCUUUACAGUAUCCUUGCCAGUACUCUGAUGAAGGGCAGAGCAACUCAGCCACCAGCACAGGCUCAUUCAUGGACAUCGCUUCUACAAAUACCAGUAAUAAAAGUGACACGAAUCUGGAGCAAGUUCCUGCCACAAAUGAUACUAUUAAACGCUUAGAGUCAAAACUGCUAAAAAAUCAGGCAAAGCAACAGAGUGAAUCUGGACGGCUGAGCUUGGGAGCCUCUCGUGGGAGCAGUGUGGAGAGCUUGCCCCCAACCUCCGAGGGCAAGAGGAUGAGUGCGGACAUGUCUGAGAUAGAAGCUAGGAUCGUGGCGACCCCAGCCUAUUCCAAGCCUAAACGGGGCCACCGUAAAACCGCUUCAUUUGGCAACAUUCUGGAUGUCCCUGAGAUCGUCAUAUCAGGCAACGGGCAACCAAGACGUAGAUCCAUCCAAGACUUGACUGUUACUGGGACAGAACCUGGUCAGGUGAGCAGUAGGUCAUCCAGCCCUAGUGUCAGAAUGAUCACUACCUCAGGACCAACCUCAGAGAAGCCAGCUCGCAGUCAUCCAUGGACCCCCGAUGAUUCCACAGAUACCAAUGGCUCAGAUAACUCCAUCCCGAUGGCAUAUCUUACACUGGAUCACCAGCUACAGCCUCUAGCACCAUGCCCAAAUUCCAAAGAAUCCAUGGCAGUGUUUGAACAGCACUGUAAAAUGGCACAGGAAUAUAUGAAAGUUCAAACUGAAAUCGCAUUGUUGCUACAGAGAAAGCAAGAAUUAGUUGCAGAAUUGGACCAGGAUGAAAAGGACCAGCAAAACACAUCUCGUCUGGUACAGGAACAUAAAAAGCUCUUAGAUGAAAACAAAAGCCUUUCUACUUAUUACCAGCAAUGCAAAAAACAACUAGAGGUCAUCAGAAGCCAACAGCAGAAACGACAAGGCACUUCAUGACUUCUGGGACCGUUCAAUUUUAAAAUAUGCAAAGACCUUUUUUUUAAAAGAAAAGACAAACCAUUAUGACAAUUCAUGAGUGUUAGCUUUUUGGCAUGUUCUGAAUGCCAAAUGCCUAUAUUUGGUGCAUUUGUUAUGUCGUUUAUCUUCUUAUGGUGGAUCUACAAUCCACUGUCAUGUUGCGGCUUGGAAAGGCCAGCGUUCUCAGCUCAGAGCACGUGCAGUGAACUUGGCUGUGUGCAUGCUCCUGGUGUGAGCUAGCUGACAGGUGGGGUGUCGCACUCGCUACUGUGUGCCAGCAUCGUCCUUCUCUAUAGUAAAGGAUGGAACCUCAAGGAUUUUCUUCUUAGAGCUCAUCUCAAAAGUCUGCUACUUUUUUCCAAAAGAUGGUAUGCACCAACGUAAAGACAGGGUAUUAUAAAUAACUGGGGUACAUUACACAAGUACAGGACCUUUAAGCUGAGUUCAGAGACAGGGUUUUAUGCCAACACAUCCUGGAUCAGUACUAAAUGUAGUUCCAUCUGUUGAUAUUAAAGGUAAGUGGUGGCAGCUGUGUUUAACGAAAGCAGGUUUAGUGAUUUUCAUUAGACUGAACAUCGUUUAUGAGAUACUGAAUGUGUGCUCUUUUUAUGCCCUAAGGAUUUUCAGUUCUGUGUAGAAACAAGCCUUUCUGACUUUCAAUAUUAGUAUCAGAUGAAAUUGAAAGAACAUGGUCUGUCGUAAAUGAUCCUUCUUACAACAAUUUUUGAAUUGUGUUAUGAUAUAUCUGGAGAAAAUUGAAAAAUAAUGGAAACGUAAGUGAUUGGCCCAGCUAAAAAGGCAUGUCUGUUUAUGAGAGCGAAUAAGCAGACCAAUCAAUCAGGAGACCUGAGGAAGGAAGAUGAAGUGAAAAGAAACCCAUUUUCUGUAGAUAUUUGGAGGACUGAUUUCUCUGAAGUCCGAUCUGGAAUAACUGCUGCCUUCCCACACUUUUAAGAGAAUUUCAACCCUUAAAAAGAAAAUAUUUAUAUUGUUAACAAUAAGUUUACUACCAGCCUUCAAAAUAACUUAAAGGUAAAUAAUAAAAUGCCAUUGAAAAAAGUUCCCUAAGCGCUAUUUUUUCAGUCCAUGUUACCACAUUUUGAUAGUUGUCAGAAAUGUCUUUUAAAUAAGACUGCCAUCAGUCUUGCUUCUAAGUGUUCAUAUUUGUAAAGAGAACAGUUUGGAAGAAGAGCACGAUUACCGGGUCCUCAGAUGUCCAUCAUAUUCCUGCUCUGUUUCCGAUGAGCACAAGAAGUUACCAAAAUUGUUCUUUAAAACGCUGAAGCAGGUAACCUUUCCUUUCCAUUAUUUUUUCCUCUCUGAGCUUUAUAGUGAAUCCCUUCUGUAAUCAAAUGAAGGUAAGGAACAGUUUAUAAUAAUAUGUGCCUUCAGUGCCUGUUACUAGAAGGCUCCUGUGAGCUGCGUGUCUUCUUUCAUUUAAAUAAAGGUCAUCAUUCCCAAAUUC